AUGGCGAGCGCAAAACUAGUCGAGACCCACAAAACUGGGGCCGAGAUCCACAAAGGCGGCUCGUGUAAGGCCAAAACGCUCGAAUUCCUAGACGAGGUCAUGAUGCCGAAGGACUUGUUGCCGCUAGACGAGAUUGAGGAAAUCGGGAUCAACCGAAGCUCGAGUUUCGUUUGGUUGAAGCUGAAAAAGAAAACCGAUACCAAGUUCAAGAAGAUCGGGAGCACCGUGAUUUAUGGUUUGGAGAUCACGGCCUCGUUCAAAAAGCGACACAUGUACAAGUUGACCGGGGUCAAAGCCAAGGAGAUACUCUUGCCUGUCGUGGUCAACGAUAUCCUUGUAGGGGAGCCCGAGCCCGACAUGGUCAAGUUCACCACGCCGCUCGGGAUUUCACGAUCGUACCCUAUCUCGGCUUUCGAGCCCGAGAAUUAA